AUGCAACUGUCCGCAACUCCGCCAUCUUCGCGCCCGGCUGCCUUCAACAAACGUCCUUUCUUCAUCCCUGCGAAGCCAUCCAAAUGGUACCUCCCUGCCAUGGCCGUGAUCGCACUCGGCUUCGGCGCCGCAAACCUGUACACAAACCAACAGCAGCGCCACGAACAAGCCCAAGAGGAAUUCGAGCGCCUCCAACGCAACCGCCAACUGAUGGACGCCUACGGCGACAAGGACAACCUGCAUGAUAUCGAGCGGGCGCUGGCCGUCUACGAGAUCCAGUGA